CGAGCCAUGAGGAAGAGCGAGAUCCUGGCCAAUGAGUCGGUGGCCUGCCUAAACCGGGCGCUGAGCCACCUGCGUGACAUUUGGGAGGAGAUCGGCAUCCCCGAGGACCAGCGGCUGCAGCGGACAGAAGUGGUGAAGAAGCAUGUCAAGGGCCUGCUGGACAUGAUGGUUGCUGAGGAGGAGAGCCUGAAAGAGCGCCUCCUGAAGAGCAUCGCGGUGUGUCGCAAAGAACUGGCUACUCUCUGUAGGGAGUUGCAGCUGGCUCCUUUCGAGAUGGAUGAGGACACCACCAUUCUCCAGCUGGAGAAGGACCUGCGCACCCGUGUGGAGGUGAUGCUGAAGCAGAAGCGGGAGAGGAAGCAGGAGCUGAAGGCGCUGCAAGAGCGGGACCGGGACCUCUGCGACUUGCUCUGUGCGUCUCCCUACUGCGUUGACGGCGAGGCCGUGCCCAGCCUGGCGGAGCUGGACUGCUUCCGGCGCCACUUGGCAGCACUGGCAGCUGAAAAGGAGCGCCGGCAAAUGGAUUUCCUCAGCACCAAGCAGCAGAUCAUUCUUUGUAUGGAGGAGCUGGAGCACAGCCCCGACACGAGUUUCGAGAGGGACGUGGUGUGUGAAGAGGAAGCUGCCUUCUGCCUCUCAGCAGCAAACAUUGCCGCUCUGAAGGAUCUGCUGCAGCAGCUGGAGGUUAAGAAAGGGCGGAAGGAAGCCCUGUGUGAAGAGCUGCGCUCCAGAAUCCUGGUGCUGUGGGAGCGGCUGCAGGUGCCUGCGGAGGAAAGAGAUGCCUUUUCGCCAUAUAUGGUGGGAUCCAGAGCCAGGACCAUGAACGCUCUGCAGCUGGAAGCGGACCGCCUGGAGGAGCUGAAGCUCCAGAACCUGAGGAAUGUGGUGGAGGCCAUCCGGGCCGAGCUGGCCGACUACUGGGACAAGUGCUUCUAUGGGGAUGAGCAGAGGCGGGCUUUUCGCCCCUACUAUCAGGAUGACUUUACUGAGCAGUUAUUGCAGCUGCACGAUGAUGAAAUUGCACGCAUAAAGCACUACUAUGAGACACAUCAAGAACUGUUUGAAGCGAUCCGCAAGUGGGAAAACAACUGGCGCCUCUUUCAGGAGCUUGAGAGAAAGGCAACCGAUCCAAGCCGCUUCGCCAACCGAGGAGGCAACCUCCUGAAGGAAGAGAAGCUGCGAGCCAAGCUCCAGAAGAUGCUUCCCAAGCUGGAGGAAGAGCUGAGGGGUCGUGUGGAGCUCUGGGAGCAGGAGCACGCUCAGGGCUUCUUGGUGAACGGGCAGCGCUUCAUGGAGUAUGUGGCUGAGCAGUGGCACCUGCACCAUCUGGAGAAGGAGAAAGAAAGGCAGGAGCGUCAACUCAAGAAGUCCCGCCAGAUUGAAGAGGAGAUGAUGUAUGGUAGCACCCCCCGGACCCCCAACAAGAGGCGGGUUGCAGGUCACACUACACCUGGCAAAAUGCGGAAGCUCAACGUCACAGCUACCACCCCCAACAGCACCAUCCGCUCAGCUCUGGGGGGCUCAGUGUUCAAUUCCCCAGCAUCCCACCCACCGCUUUCUGGAGGGAAGCUGGUCCGGACUCCCAGGCGUGUGAUCCCAAAGCCCUCUCACCACGGACGCGUGGAACGCAACAAGGAGAACGUGUCCCAGCUCAACGGAACAGCUCUGAGCGGUGGGUGCACCCCCACAGCCCCUGUCCAGCGUACCUGCAGCAUUAAUUCUGUUGCCAGCACCUAUUCAGAGUUUGCGCGCGGACUUUCAAAGGCUUCCAAAUCUGAGUCCAGGUCCUGCAUCCUCAACUCCACAGCUUCCAACAUCGAGAGCUGAACAGGAAUCGUCGGCGGCACGCUGCAGGGAGGGAGGCCGCUCCAAGUGCCCCCAG